GGGAUUCGAAGGGGGAUGACAAGAAGUUGACUCAUUAUUUGUCACUGCGGUAUACUGGCAACGCGAGCUUUGUCUGCAUGCAUUCCGAAGGAUAACGAUGGCCAUUUGCAGGUUGAGAUCACUUGUUCCUCUUUCUAAAUGCAGGUCUCUCGGGCUUCAAUCUUUCCCAAUACGCAGAUUCGCUUCUUCCCGAAUCCCCUCCCUUUUGGAGAAUGUUGGAUUCAUUGGUCUCGGAAAUAUGGGUUCCAGGAUGGCGAAUAACCUGAUUAAAGCGGGAUACAGAGUUACAGUUCAAGACAUAAACUCUGAUGUUGCCACCAAGUUCUCUCAGAUGGGAGUUCCCAUUGUGAAAACACCUUAUGAAGUUGCAGAAGCUUGUGAUGUAGUGAUUACGAUGUUGCCUUCUUCUUCCCACGUGAUUGAUGUUUACACUGGACCAAAUGGUUUGCUUCAAGCUGGGAAAGUCCUUAGGCCAUGGUUAUUGAUAGAUUCAUCCUCUAUCGAUCCACAAUCAUCAAGAAGUCUUUCUGCUACAAUUUCGAAUUGUCUUUUAAAAGAAAAGAAAGGUGAUUGGAAGACUCCCGUUAAGUUGGAUGCUCCUGUAUCUGGAAGUGUGAUUGCUGCGGAAGCAGGAACACUAACUUUUAUGGUUGGUGGCUCUGAGGAAGCUUUUCUGGCUGCAGAAUCCUUGUUCCUUUCGAUGGGUAAAAGUGCAAUAUAUUGUGGAGGAGCAGGCAGUGGUUCUGCUGCUAAGAUCUGUAAUAAUUUGGCUUUGGCUGUGAGCAUGCUGGGAAUAUCAGAAGCCUUAGCUCUGGGUCAAUCUCUGGGAGUGUCAGCCAGCACCUUGACUAAAAUAUUUAACUGCUCCAGUGCUCACUGUUGGAGUAGUGCUAGUUACAACCCGGUUCCUGGUGUGAUGGAAGGGGUGCCCUCGUCAAGGGAUUAUCAUGGAGGAUUUGCGUCCAAGCUUAUGGCUAAAGACUUAAAUCUUGCAGUAGAAUCAGCUAAGCAAGCUGGCUGUAAAUAUCCGUUGACAUCUCAGGCUCAAGAAAUAUAUAGAGAACUCUGCAAUGGUGGACAUGAGACUGAAGACUUUUCAUGUGCUUUUCGCCAUUAUUACUCUGGAUUGGACGAGCCCCGUGGCCAAUGAAAGUGUUGCUGUAUUUGUCCCCAAUAGUAUACAUCCCCAAAAUAAUAAUAAUAAUUAUGCUUUGUGGAAAACUGAAAAUAAGUUAAUUCAUGUUGUAGUCUUUAGAUUUUUUUUUGGGUUCAAUGACCAGGCUUGUAAUUAAUGUUAUAGUAACUUUUAAGUAUUAAACAUGAUGCGUCGCUUUUUAAUAAUGAUUUGUCGCGUCCCGGUGCCUUCUUUAA